AUGGAAAUCUUUAAAUGUAGAUAUGUAAAUCAUGAAAACGAAGAAAUAAUAGGAUUUUGUUUGAAUUAGAAUUGCUAAAAAGCAACCUAAUAUUGUUAUUAAUGCUUGACUUAGACUCAUUCAGAUCAUUUAAGUGAUUGCAUUCGAUUUGCCACAAUGAGCUAACUUAUUAAUUAAUUCAUAUAAGUUUACAAAGAAUCCAAUAAAUAAAUCAAAGAAACCAUCCAUCAAAUGAAGAAUUGUUUUGAGUAGAUUUAAAAAUAAAUGGAUCAAGAGAUUAUACUAUUAUAGAAUAUGAAUUAGAAACUUUUAAACAACGAGUAUUUAACUUUUAAAUCUGAGAUAAAUAUAAUCAAACAGUUUUACUCAAAGGAGAAAGAAAAUUCGAUAUGUAUUCAACUUAUUAAUUUUAAAAGAGUAAUAAAUAAUAGAAUUCAAUAAAUUUCUUGAUACAAUCAAAUUUAUGGUGCCUGCUUAACCUAAGUUAAAUACUCAAGAGAAUAUUGUCAUUGAAAAUACAACUGAAAGUAAAGUAAUAAGUUAGAAAUGCGAAGAAUAAGAGGAAAAAAAAAAAAAAUAGAGAAAAUAGAAAAAAUAAAAAGCAAAAAGAUUUUCUGAAUAAGGUUAAAAAAAUUUAUAUACUCAAAUAGGCUAAGAAUUAAUUCAUUAAGGAAAAUUUAUGGAGGCAUUAAGUACAUUUGAUAACUCAAUCAAAUUAUUUGAUGAAGAUUACGAUGCUUACAUUGGCAAAGGUAGUGUUUUAGUUGGUAUAAUUUAGGUUAUGCGUUACACAAUUUAAAUUAGUAUCAAGAAGCAAUUGUUUGCUACGACAAAGCUAUUUCAAUAAAUCCUAAUGAUGGUAAUGUAUAUUACAAUAAGGGUAAUAAACUUCAAACUUAAUUAGGCUUCACAUUAUUCACUUUAAAUAAAUAUUAAGAAGCUAUUGAGUGUUAUGAAAAAUCAAUUUCUAUAAAUCCUAAUAAUGAACAUACAUGGUACAAUAAGGGUAAUAAAUUCAAAUAAAUUUAUUUAGGAUUGACAUUAGGCAGUUUAAAUUAGUAUUAAGAGGCUAUUGCAUGUUAUGAUAAAGCUCUAUCUUUAAAUCCUUAUAACGAUAAUACAUGGUAUAAUAAGGGUAAUGAGCUUCAAUUAUUUUAUUUAGGUUAAGCGCUAUCCAGGCUAAGUAAAUUUUAGCAUGCUAUUGAGUGUUAUGACAAAGCCAUUUCUAUAAAUCCUAAUGAUUUUCUUUCAUUGAACAACAAAGGUAUAAAUUUCAAGUUUAUUUAGGUUUCACAUUACACAAAUUAAAUAAAUAUAAAGAAGCUAUAGAGUGCUACGAUAAAGCUCUUUCUAUAAAUCCUAAUUAUUAUCACACAUUGUGCAAUAAGGGUAAUAAAUUUCUAAAUAUCGCCAUUUAGGAUUUUUAUUAACGAGUAUUAAUAAAUAUUAAGAAGCUAUUGUGUGCUACGACAAAGGUCUUUCUAUAAAUCCUAAUUUCGAAGAUGCAUGGUGCAAAAAGGGUAUAAACUUUAUAAUAUUUGUAUUUAGGAUUUGCACUAAGCCAAAUUAAAAAAGAUAAAGAAGCUAUUGUGUGUUAUGACAAGGCUAUUACUUUAAAUCCUAAUUUUUAUAAUGCAUGGUGUGAUAAGGGUAUUAAAUUUCAAUUUAAUUUUUAGGCUAAUCACUACAGAAUUUAAAUCAGUAUUAAUAAGCUAUGGAGUGUUACGAAAAAGCUAUUUCAAUAAAUCCUAAUUUUGAGCAAGCAUGGUACACUAAGGGUAAUCAAUUAAAAUAUUUAUAUUUAGGAGGUUUAUUAGCCUAAAUUAAUAAAAUUUAAGAAGCUAUUGUGUGUUAUGACAGAGCUCUUUCUUUAAAUCCAAAAAAUGAUCAUAUAUGGAAUACCAAGGGUAUUAAGCUUAUAAUAUUGAUUUUAGGAUUUUUAUUAACCUAAAUUAAUAAAUAUUAAGAAGCUAUUGUGUGUUAUGAUAAAGCUCUUUCUUUAGAUCCUAAUAGUGACAGCAUAUGGAACAAUAAGGGUAAUAAACUUCAAAAUAUUUAAAUUUAGGUUAAGCAUUAUUCAAAUUAAAUAAAUAUGAAGAUGCUAUUAUGUGCUAUGAAAAAGCUCUUUCUAUAAAUCCUAAUAAUGAUAAGAUAUGGAACAAUAAAGGUAAUUCACACCCAAAUAUAUAUAUUUAGGUUAGGCGUUAGAUUUUUUAGAUAAAUAUUAGGAUGCUCUAAUGUGCUACGACAAAGCUCUUUCUAUUAAUUGUAAUAAUGAUUAUGCAUGGCAUCAUAAGGGUAAUAAACUUCAAAUUUUGUGAUUAGGUUUCACAUUAGACAGUUUACAUAAGUAUUAGGAAGCUAUUGUGUGUUACGAAAAAGCAAUUUCUAUUAAUCCGAAUGAUAAUCAUUCAUGGCACAAUAAGGGUAUUAACUUCAAAUUUGUUAAAUUAGGUUUCGCAUUAUCCAAUUUACAUAAAUAUUAAGAUGCUGUUAUAUGCUACGACAAAGCUCUUUCUAUAAACCCAAAUGAUUAUGUUGCAUGGAACAAUAAGGGUAAAUUAAUUUGUAAAAUAGGACUUGCACUACAUAGAUUAAAAAAAUAUUAGCAAUCUUCUAUGUGUUGGGACAAAGCCCUUUCUAUAACUAUGAAUCCUUUUACAUUAAAACUCAGAGGUAUGAAUUAAUUAUUAGUUUAAGCUGAUUCACUAGUCGAAUUAGAAAGGAAAUCUGAAGCUAAAUAUUUUUAUAUGCUUGCAUUGCAACUAGGAUCACCAGAAUAAGAUUUAAUACAAAAGUAAUUAUAACAAUUAUGAAUUGUCAUAAAUAUAGUCC